ACCGCGCUGUUUCUUGAAAUUUUAAUCCACUUUGAGUUCCGAUAUUCACUGUGUCUGUGUAUAAUAUAUAUACACAUUGUACAUACUUAUCGAGCUAUUCUGUAAAGGAAAUGAUAGCUAGCCCUCAUGAGCCCCACUACUUCGUGGAGAAAGAUUCCUCAGCGCUCCUCCAAACGUAUUGAUCCCUUCAGGUUUUGUGCACAAGCGAGGCUGGGACAUGGUUGCUGCCCUCACCUGAGUUGAACUUUUCUGCCAACAAGAGGUGUUCUCUUUAUCUCAGGAUUGAUUGACAUUAGCAGGCUGAUUUGCUUUAAAUCUGUGUUGGGUUGGGGGGUUUUGAUUAUAUGUUCCAACGUUGGGAAGGUCCUUUCAAUGGAAAUUUAGACUGUUGGGUGAAUUUAGUCAUGCGUAUGUGUGAAAGGAGCUAGUAGAAAUGUGUAUGGCCAACAAUCGCUGGACUCAGGAUUUCUGGCUUAUGCAGUGAGACUAGUAAUCUACUUAAUUCUGCCAGAAGAAAAUAGGGUUUGCAAUGGCUCAAGCAAUGGAUAUUGAUGAUGUUUAUUUGGCUGGGAUUAUGGAAGUUUUGCCUGAUGCAGUAGUUCAGUAUAUGUUGUCAUCUAUUAGGAAUGCUAGAGAUGUGGCCAUAUGCGCCUGUGUCUGUCAAAGAUGGAGAGAGGCAAUGGUACAUGUACGGAGCCUUUAUUUUCCUCGAACAGUCUGUGAUGAGAAAAUUAAUCAAUCUGAUGCUGUUGUUAACCGAAUGGUUUUGUCAACAUCUUCAUUGGAAGAGCUGAUUGUCUACUGUCCAUUUUCUGGAAAGAGUUUGCUAGCCUGGUUGUCUCACACAAGCAAAACGUUGAAGCAUUUGGAACUCCGGAUGGACAACUUGGGAGAGAAAAACCCUGGACCUAAUUGUCCUAGUACACUUGAUUACAUUGCAUCUUCACCUCACUUGGAAAGCCUCAAGUUGUGGGGCGUCUCCUUGAAACAGCUACCUGCUUGGAAUCCCUUUAUAAAACUUCAUACAUUGGAAGUGGUUGGUGUUCGUGCACAGGACACCGCUCUUUAUAAUAUGCUUCUUGCAUGCCCGAUGCUGAAGAACUUGGCUCUACUUGGUUGUGAUGGUGCCAAGGUAGUCGACAUUGAGUUGAAGCAUCUAGAGCAGUGCAGACUUGAUUUUUAUGGUAUAGGAGAUUGCUUUCUCAACAUAACUGCCCCUAAACUUCAAGUUUUUGAGAUUCAAGGGGCUGCUUGGAUACGAUUGAGGGGAGAUCAUUCCUUACGGCAGCUGUCAAUAGCUAAUAAUGCAGGCAAGGUAAGUAAAGUGGAGUGUGGAAGACUAUCAGACUUAGAGUCCUUAUCAAUGCGAGGAGUGCAGUGGUCCUGGGAUGCUAUAGACACUGUUUUGCAGUCUGCAACUGAGGUGAAGAACUUGGUGAUGAAAAUUGAGUUUAGUGGAGACACGGACAGAUUACUGCCCUUUCCAGAGAUAAACCUUGUUGAUUUUUUUACCAGCCAUCCAAGACUAACCAACUUUGAAGUACACGGUGCCAUGUUUGCUGCAUUGUCACAAAAAAACAGCCUGUUACGGUUGGAUGACUCAUUCUCCAUGCCUUGCUUGGAAGAAAUAUCGAUCACGGUGAGGUCACCUCUGAAUGCUGACCAGAAAAUGACGACUCUAGAAUCAUUAGUCAAACAUGGCAGACAGCUGAGAAGAUUAACUGUAAGAGUUAGCCAAAUGAAGAAUUGCCAAGAAACAGCAGACAAAUUUUUUGAAAAAGUUUUAAGGUUCAAGCAGAGGAGUCAUAUUGUCAUUAUUGAGUAGUUCUUUUAUUUUGGGAAAAUAUGUCUGGUUUAUUGCUUAGUGGCGAUUCUUAAAAUGGUACAAUCUUGCUAAUUGUAAGGCAUUCUUUCCUUGGGCUGGGGAUUCUGCAGUGGUAGUUAUUAAUCUUCAGAAUAUAGAAUUGCGAUGUUCUGUCCGUGAUAAUGAAUUGGUUGUUUCUGAAGAGGGCUGUUGAGUUAUGUGCUUUAAUCCUUUAUUUUGGAGCCUGACAACAGCAGUUAAUUUGAUGAUAAUGUCUGGUUUCUCUUGAUUGGAUUAAUGUUGAGCUCUGAGCCUCACGCUCAAAAUUUUUGCUCUAUUUGUAAUAGCAUAUGUUGCAAGUGAUGGGCAUUUACUUCUUUUUAUACAUAAGAGGGGCACUUUUCCUUUA